CAUUUAAUUUGCCAUUAAAUCUACCAUGAAAUUUACCAUUUCAUUAACCAUUUUAACCAUCAAGAUCAGGUUAGCAAUCAACUGUGAGUUGUGACAACCUUUAACCAUUGCUCAUAAGAAGUAAACCAUUUCCAGAGAAAUUGGAAUCUUCUUCUUAUUUUUUGGUGAAACAAUCAGCAAUUUAUUAAGUGUGUUUCGAGGAAAUGUUCAUUCUAUUAACAGAAUGGCCAGAUAAUUUAAAAAUAAUGUCUUUCUUGCGUUUCAUUUUUAGUUAAUCAUGUAAUCUCUCAUUGAAUCCAAACCAAACUUGGAUAGACAAGUUGUUUUUUGUAUUUAAGUUCAGUCUUCACCUUUCUCCUCCUUUUUUCGGUUUUGUAGUCGUUAUUAUCUUCCAUUUCUUAUCUAUUGAAGCAACACCAGAAGAUCGACUGCAAAUAUAAAUUGAAAUUGUCUUUAGUGUCUGCCUGACAUCACAGUUUAAGCAGAAACAGCAAACAGUUGAAAUCGUCAUCGUUCAUAUUAUUUUUGCAAACUGGUAAUACGGUUAAACGCUUUCAAGUUAACAAUACAAGAGAAGACCGUUUUGUGUUUUUGUUUAACUCAGCUCAUUUUGAACAGUUAAACAUUGCCAUCUCAUCAAAUAUGUCUGAAAAAAGUGAGGAAAUUGUUAAAGGUGAAAAUUCAGAGGAAAUUAAAAGUAAUACUGAUGUAGUGACUGGUUAUUAUGAACAAGAUGGAUACAAAAUUCAUUAUGAAAAAGUUGGUCAUGGAGAUUGUGUUGUUUUUAUGUUUCCUGGAGCUUGUGGUCAUUCAAGAGCUGACUUUGGACCUCAACUAGAUGGUUUUGACAAAGAUAAAUUUACUCUGGUUGCUUGGGAUUCACCGGGUUUUGGGCUGAGCCGACCACCUGAACGUGAUUAUCAAAAACAUGCAGAGGAGAAAUUUUUUUACCAAUAUGAUGCUGAAACUGUUGUUAAAUUGAUGGCACAUUUAGGUUAUGACAGUUUCUCUGUGAUGGGAUGGAGUGAUGGCGGUAAAUCAGCCUUGCUUGUUCCAAUCUUGUUUCCAGCUAAAGUCGAGAAGCUAGUAGUUUGGGGAACUCUGGCAUAUAUUCCUGAAAAAUAUAAAGUCAUGUGGAGGAUUCUUUGCACAUUGGAGAUGUGGGAAGAGGCGCGAAGGAAAGAAUAUAUUAAACUUUAUGGAAAUCGAGAGACACUUGAAAAGAUUUGGUACAAACACAUGAGCUAUACUUACACUACUACAGAUAUUUGUAAGGACAGGGUAAAAGAAAUAAAAUGUCCAACAUUUGUCCUUCAUGGGAAAAAGGACACUAUGAUUCCAAAGGAAUUCUUUGAUCAUUUGGUUGCAAAUAUUCCUGAUGUUGAGUCUCAUCUGUUUCCCGAUGGUGUCCAUGAUAUUCAUAUCAGCCAUGCUGAAACAUUCAACAAAAUGGUCCAACGAUUUCUCUUGGAUUGAAAUGAAAGUACUUAUUGUUUUACUUAACAAGAAUCUGUAAUGUUAAAAUUACGUUUUUAUACUCUUCUUAUAAAUGGUUGUUAUUGAAUAA